AUGAUGAUGUUGAUGAAGUAUCUUCAUAGCGAUAUUUCAAUAAUUCUCAACACGACUAAUGGUUCUACUUUAAUAACAUUGAUAGAGCAGAUUCAAGAAAGUAUACUUUUGCUGAAAAAUAAAUAUGAAAGUUUAGUUAAUUUUAGAACAUCAGACCAGGAUUUAAACAAAUACUACACCUUGAUAACAUCUGCAUCGAGUGGAAAUUAUCAACUGUCAGAAUCCGUUUUACAAUCUGGCUUUUAUAUGGACGAUAUUUCUUCACAUAAAGUUAUAUCUCCAUUGUUUCUAGCUUCUAAUUCUGGUCAUGAAAAGAUUGUGGAUUUGCUACUUCAAUACAGCUUGAACUUAAAAAUAACGUCAGCAAUGCGGGCAGAAGCUUUUAUAUCUGCACUAAUCGCUGGCCAUAAAAAAGUCAUUGAAGUUUUUUUAAAGCAUAAUAUUGAUAUACAUAAAGAUGAUGAAAAGGGUGUUACUUUUUUUCUUUUAGCUGUUUAUACAAAUCGUACUGACAUCGUAGAGUUGCUCUUGGAUUACAGCAGGUAUAAUAAAAAACAAAGACACAUUAAAAGAAAAACUUUUUCAAAAGCACUUUCUAUUGCGUCUAUAAAUAGCAACUCCGAGAUCGUAGACCUACUUUUAAAAUAUAAACUUUUAAAGGACGACAUUAUUAAUGUUUUCCAGAGACACCAGUUUCCUAUAAUGGACGUUUAUUUAAAAUAUGUUGAUGUUAACAGUAAACUUUUUAAAAGCUUCACACUAUUACAAUAUGCCUCAAUAAGUGGUGAUGCUUUAAAUGUUGAGUAUCUUCUACAAAAAAAGGCUGACGUUAACAAGGUGUAUCGCUCAACUAAUGUAACUUCGUUAAUGCUAGCCACAUAUAAAGGUCACAUACACAUUGUAGAUUUACUUCUGAAAUAUGGCGCUAGUAAAAGUAAUGAAAGUUAUUUUAGCUCUGUAUGUAUCGCUGCCGAAAUGGGAUUUGAUCAAAUAAUGAAAUUACUUUUACAACAUCGAACAAAUAUCACCAUGUUUGACCAACAUAAAUGCAACGCUUUGGCUGCUGCUUCAUAUAAAGGAUACCUGAGCAUUGUAGAAAUGUUGCUCAAUCACAGUGCCAUUGUUGACCAAGAAGAUGCGAAUGGAUACACCCCUCUAAUGAUUGCAGCACACACAGAUCACGUCAAAAUAAUAGAGACACUAAUACACCACGGAGCAAAUAUAAAUAAACACAACAAAAAUAAAACAAACGCACUAAUGAUUGCUAUUUCAAACGGAAGUUUUGACACCAUAAAAGUCCUUUUAAAAUAUAAUUCGAACGUCAACGCCAAACAAAUUGACGGCGAAACGCCCCUGAUAAUUGCAUCACAAAACAGUAAUUAUGAUAUUGUUGAGUUACUCUUACAACAUAGAGCUGAUGUUAAUGCAAUUAAUAACAAAAAGAUUAAUGCGCUUUCGAUGUCCGUAGCUUUUGGACAUUACAGAAUCGUGGAACUACUUUUAAAAUAUAAAUCGCGUGUUAACGAUGAGCUCAUAAACGGUAGUACAGCUCUUAUGUUUGCGAGUGAAAGAGGCGAUGAUAGUAUUGUUCAGCUGCUUCUAGACUAUGGCGCUGACGUGUUUACUCGCAAUAAAUUCAAACACAAUGCUGUAUUGAUCGCCCUAUUUAAUAGAAAACUAAGCACCGUAGAAGUACUUGUAAAACACAAGGCCAAGGUCGGCGUAAAACCUUGUGAAUAUCACGACGCUUUGGAGUUUGCAAUUCAAAACAGAAUUUUAAAAUUCAUAGACGUGAUACUUCGAAAUGGAGCGGUUAUUAAUAAAUUUAAUAGUACAUGCUACAGUUUAGGAAGCGCAAUGCAAGUCAGGACAGACAUGAAAAUACAACACAUAACAGGAAACUGUUGUGCCUGGGUGUUUUGUACGCCUUAUUCCCCCGACCUUAUUAAUGACGCAUUACGUCAAGACUGCAUCAAUCUAGCAGAGUCUCUCUUGCACAUUACUGCUGACAUUAAUCAAGUGGACACAGAAAAACAAAACGCUCUAAUGAUUGCGACAAAUAAAGGGUAUAUUGAUAUUGUUAAUCAACUUCUUCUAAAUAAGAAAGCCAGAGUGAAUGAGGCAGAUAUGAAUGGUGAUUCUGCUUUAAUGUUUGCUGCAGCUAAGGGACAUGUCAAGAUAGUGGAGCUACUUUUGCGGGUCCAAGCAGAUGUUCAUCACAAAAACAUUAAAAACGUUAAUGCUUUGAUGAAAGCUUCAAUGAAAGGGCAUCUAAACAUUGUGAAAAUUCUUUUAGCACACGGUGCUAGAGUGGAUGAUACAGAUAAUAAUCUAUAUAGCGCGUUGAUGUAUGCGGCUUACAUUAAUCAUGAUUCAAUAGUUGAAUUACUUUUACAACAUGGGUCAGAUAUCUGUAAACUCAACAACAAGCACUUGGACGUGUUAACAAUAGCUGCUUCUCGAGGAAAUUUAGUUAUUACUAAAAUUCUUUUAAAGCAUAUGACUGACAAGCAUGCAGUGAAUUAUUAA